AUGGCGCCAACCACCGGCGCGUCGCCGAGGAACCGCACACUUGAUGACGAUAUCUGGCGCAUGGUCGUAGACUGUCUUCUUGACGACCUUCGUGACGAAUACCCUACACGUCCGUUAUUGCCUGACAGUUACCUCGAGCCGAUCGUCGCCUGGCAGCCGGGCCCGCAGUCGUCGAGGCCGCCGGCAUGCCUGCCUUACAACUGUUGUUGGACCCCUCGCGGAGCCAGAAGCGGGCAAGCGCAGAGUUGUUUCUUUCAACGACUUGAGCGCCAGGGCCUCACGGCUAUGUUGCACGCGAAUAGGCAGCUUCGACGAGUAGUCCUCUAUCACUACGGCUACCUACCCCUCUUCCGCUUCAAAGACCCCACGUUCUGGAAUCAUCAUCGCGACAUGUUUAUCCAAUCAGGAGACAUCUUCAUCCCUACUGGCGCUUGCUUAUGCCUUGCACGCUGGGCGUCGCGUCAUGUACGCAGGGCUCGCCGGAUCAAACUCACACUGCCAUCGACGGAUGAGCAAGACUUACACUCGUCCGCGAGAUGGCUUAUUGACGCCUUCCUUGAACACGGGAUAGGUCGGCUCGAGGACCUCGACGUGCGCUGCGAUUGGGCGGAAGCAUACGAGGAAGACGCCGCGAAAAUCUACUUCAUUUCCGCGGUGAUUCGGCGGAUGCGGGCCCUGAACUUCCCCGGCGCCGUUGUCGGACCAAACCUCUCGGACUUAGAACUGGCUUCUGAGGAGGACCACUACUCCUGGAAACUUCACGACACGUGUCAGAUGCUUCGGGAGUGUACGCGACUCAAGAGGCUGACGCUACUCGCUAUCGUAUCUCCCGACAUCUCAACUUGGAAUCCGGACACUGAGAGCCCCAUCAUCUUACAGGACCUCUCUUUCAUUCAUGUCAGAGACUCCCUGGUAGUCUGGAGGGCACUACACGGCCUUCUCUUUGCCCCACAGCUUGCAAGAGUGCACGUGGACGUCAUCGCUGAACGCAUGAUGAGCAAUCAUGAUCCAGAUUUGGCUGCCUUUGAGAUUGAGUGCGGCGAAAUCGCACGGCUAGCCGUGCGCCUUUGUCCCCGGGCAAUUCUUUCGGCCGAAGAUCUGACGUACAGUCUCCAUUUUCAACGUGACCUCGAUGAGGACGUACCAUACAUUGCACCGAUGCUCGUGAAUUGGCCCGAAUAUCUUCAAGCGAAGCUCACGCGCGCGCAUCCCUUCCCAGAUGACGCCGGCCUCCCCGUUAAGGACGAAUUGGAGUUUAUAUUGACGCAACGCUCGGCCAUGACGUCUACAAAGCCCCUUGCUCCUGGCGAGCGCCGCCUACAAUCGCCGCGCGCACACCCUUUUGACGUCUUCACAAAAUUUUGGAUUGCCGCCUUAUAUGCGCUACAGACAUCGAGCCCCAUGCAUCGUCAUGUUCUUUCCGACCGCGUCAUCGAGUUGGUGAUGAGCUGUGACCAUCGAGCGCCAAGUCCAAUCAGUUGGCACGAAUUGUUCGUCGAGAUGCCGAAUAUACGCAAGCUAUACGUGCUCGGCAUUCGGAAGGACGGAGGCGGUUUGCGUCAUCUCGCGUCCGCGUUGGGCACGUAUAUGCAGGAGACAUUUGUUCCUGGAGAAGAGAUAGUUGAGAUCCGUCUUCCGCACUGGAAUUCAAGGCGGGGUCCGAUACCCGUGGAUGCGCUGGAGGAAAGAUACCAUAACGUACGAGAAUUCCAUGUACAUCCCAUAGUCUGGUCGCAAUGA